AUGCGUAGCGAAGAGCCUAGCGCAUCGUCUUCUGUUGUGCGUGGCCUGAACUCGUCCAGGUCGACGGAGCGCAUCAACCAGAUCGAUCAAGUACGAGCCUAUGGGAUUGGAGAUGUUGUUUCUCUACCCCGGCUGGUGGUCUGUGGCGACCAGUCGGCCGGCAAGAGCUCGGUCUUGGAGAGCGUCACUGGUAUCCCGUUCCCAAGGAAGAGUGGACUUUGUACGAGGUUCCCCACUGAAAUCAUCCUUCGGCACAACUCCACGGCUACGCGUAUUAUGGCCACUGUUCACCCUCACGCCUCCAGACCACAAGAAAAGAGAGAUGCCCUUUUACAAUACCGCCGCGUGCUAGCAGACAUGUCGGAACUCCCUGAUGUUAUUGAGCAGGUGUCCGCAUUGAUGGAGAUCCGUGGGUAUGCGGACCAUAGUUUCGGGAACGCGUUUGCGUCUGAUGUCUUGCGGAUUGAAUUUGUGGGCCAGACAAACCUUAAUCUGACCAUCGUCGAUCUACCUGGACUCAUCUCUGUGGCCAAUAAAGAGCAAACAGAAGAAGACAUCCAGCUGGUCAAAGACAUGGUCAAAGGCUAUGUUCAAAGUUCUCGCACGAUUGUGCUAGCAGUGGUGCAAGCCACCAACGACAUCGCCAACCAAGUCAUCAUCCAGCUUGCGCGACAGUACGACCCGGAAGGUCAGAGGACGGUGGGGAUUAUCACCAAGGCGGACCUGAUUAACGAGGGCAGCGAGGCCAGCUUGGCGCAGCUUGCGAACAACCAGGCCAACAUCAAGCUCAACCUUGGCUUUUUCCUCUUAAAAAACCCGAAGCCGUCCGAGAUUGAAGAGGGUAUCAAACCUGAGCAGCGGUCACAGAGGGAGCUGAGAUUUUUCUCGGAGCCCGUUUGGAAGCAGCAUCUCGAUAUAAGUGGUGUAGGGGCCGAGAAUCUAAAGCUGUUUCUGCAGGACCUCCUGGACGCCCACAUCGAGAAGGAAAUGCCCCAGGUGGUUAAAGAUAUUCGGAAGGUCCUGCGCACCACAGAGGAGAGCUUGACGCGACUUGGCCAAGCCCGUCCCACUGUCGGGCACAUCCGCAUUUUUCUAACGCAAGUUAGCACCAGCUUUGCCCAGCUGGUCCAAGCUGCCUUGGAUGGCAACUAUCAUGGGCCAUACUACGAGUUUUUCGAUCACGUUGAGGAUUCGCGGUUGCGCGCCGUGGUCCACAAGAUCAAUGGCAAAUUCGCCACCGACAUCCGUACCCAUGGCAAAAAAAGGGUUUUGAGGCCGGCAGAGUCAGAGAUCGACUGGGCUCUGGAUGAAAAUUCAAUUAAGGAAAAAAACGAGAAGGAGCUUUUCGUAACCCAAGAGGAAAUGAAAAACUGGGUCAAAAAGGUGUAUUUGCGCACACGGGGUCGUGAGCUUCCAGGGAACUACAAUCAUGUCCUGCUAGCCGAGCUGUUCUUGGAACAAUCCUCUCGUUGGCUCCCCAUUGCCACAGCCCACGUGGAAAGCAUCAUCGCGAUCGUCACCGGGUGGCUGCAGCACGCCACUCGAGUGGUUCUACCCGAGGACAAGCUUCGUGACGAGCAGCGCCAGCCGAUUACGUACAACCAUUACUACAUUGACAACAUUCAAAAGUCCCGUCAUGGCUUUCUGCGUGAGGCCGUGGAAGGUGCUAUCAGAGAGACAGCAAGCUCGGAUUAUCAUGGAAAACUCCAUGUUAGCAACAUCCCCAUGGAUAUUGAAAAGUUCCUUGAGGCAAUGAAGCGCAAAGUCAACGUCGACAUUGACGACCAGGCAUGUGCUGAGGCCAUGGCAGGGUUGGAAGCUUACUACAAGGUAGCCAUGAAGACUUUCGUGGACAAUGUCUGUCGGCAGGUCGUUGAGCGUCACAUCAUUGCGCCCCUCUCCAAGAUUUUCAGUCCAGUGACUGUUUCCCGAUUCACGGACGACGAGCUUCUUCAAAUCGGAUCCGAGUCGGAAAAACAAAACCGCAAGCGGGAAGAGCUUAGGGCCAGGGCAAAGAAACUGAGGAGCAGCCUUGAAAAUCUCCAGCGACGCUGACGGGUAUCUUCCUUCGGGGUUAUGAGGAGCCACUUCUCGCUGUUUUCCUUAAUUGAAUUUUCAUCCAGUUAUAUGUUGGUUUCAGACGCGGACCUUUACGGAUCCAGCGAUAUCCUGAUUUCAGUCGACACACUGGAAAGGUUAACAAAUGGUGGGGCAUAGGAGGUCAUACGCUCUUUUAAUUUGAUUAAGUUCAAAAGUAUGAUGAUAGAAAUCCGGCAGGCAGAGAAUGGGUACAUUUUGUGGAUUCGUUGCAAAUCUCGGCCCCAAAAAGGCAGGUCACACAUUGGUGAUCCACAAAACACAUGUCAAUUUCGGUGCAAGAACUGCAUUUUCAUCAAAUGUGCUGGGCUGGGCCUAAGUGCUUUGCAUCUGGUCCAAGCUAGAGCAGAGUGUUGAACAAAACGGGCACUUUGCCCAUUCAUAUGUCCACUAUAUGUGCCUGAGCAGCUGCUUUAACAUACAGACUAAGCGACAUGCCGCGUCGAUCAUAAUAAGCUCCGGCACAAAGUACCCGCCGCUCCAAUACCCGGUUGGCAUACAUAUCGGGACCUUUUUUUUUUUUUUUUGACGGAAUCAGAAUAUGCAUA